GCGACUGUUUGCGGCGACUUGUGUUUACAACAUGGCGACACAGAAGCGAGGCUCGAGUACCACUGGAUGGCCAAAAAACUCCACGCAACCUUCCUACGGUGCUAAAAGGAACGGAACUGGAUCUAUGGCGCUCAACAGAACGAUUAGCUUGUAUCCUUUGACAAAUUACACAUUUGGCACAAAGGACCCGUUAUUCGAAAAGGACCCCAGCGUCCCUGCCCGUUUCCAGCGCAUGCGAGAGGAGUUUGAUAAGAUUGGCAUGAGGAGGAGCGUGGAAGCGGUACUUCUUGUCCACGAACAUGGCCUCCCUCAUGUGCUACUCUUGCAGCUGGGCACAACCUUCUUUAAAUUACCGGGUGGAGAGCUGAACACUGAGGAAGACGAAGUGGAGGGACUCAAGCGCUUGCUGACAGAAACCCUGGGGCGGCAGGACGGGCUCAAGCAGGAAUGGGUCAUAGAGGACAUCAUUGGUAACUGGUGGCGGCCAAAUUUUGAGCCUCCACAGUACCCCUACAUCCCCUCACACAUCACCAAGCCAAAGGAACAUAAAAAGCUCUUCCUCGUACAGCUUGGAGAGAAGGCAUUGUUUGCAGUACCAAAGAACUACAAGUUAGUGGCAGCACCUUUGUUUGAACUCUAUGACAAUUCUCAGGGAUACGGACCGAUUAUUUCCUCUUUGCCACAGUCAUUGUGCAGGUUCAACUUCACAUAUAUGUAGAUGUCAAGUAUGAAAAGAGUGUGAAUGACAUUAUGUAUUUGUGGUUACAAGAAGAGGAUAUAGUGUGACUUUAGUUUCCUGUAAAUGAAACAAGUGACGUGUUUUGAGGCAUGUAUAAAGAAAACAAGAAAUGAAAACAAUAUCUCCUUCAUGUUAUUUUUGUAUCAUAACACAAAUUGGAUCAGCAAUAAACUUGUCAAAAAACAAAAACAAAAAAAAAAUGCUGUCCAGUUAGAUACAGUUCUCAAAUGCCACCAUAUUUAGUGCAGGUAAAUCGAAUAGCUUGCAUCGAAGCUAUCUACACACAUGCAGCUUGUUUUACCGUUUCUUUGACACCUGUACCUAUGAAAUAUUUUCAGGCUGUAUCUUCAAAGGUAGAAUAUACUGCACUUCACUAUGUUCUGUUGCCCUUAAAAAAAAAAGGAAGUUAAGAAAAGAUGCUGACUUAAUAUAGAUGCAAUUGUCUUUCUGAACUUGUACAAUUUCUUCUAUCAUUUAAUCCCUUUGUUUAACUGUGUGGCAUGGUACAAAUACAGGAUUUCAGAAGCAGCGUUUUGAUGAUAAGACCUUAUGUCCAAUGAGGAAAUACAUUGUGGUCUUUUGGCAAGUUUGUAUGUGGAGAGAUUUCUUGCUUUACUCCCUAAAACUUCUUUUUCUUUUUCUCUCAUUCCCUCGAGGGAAAUUCAGUAUAGUUCAAACUGUGUUGUCCAAUUCAAGGUUCAAUUCCCAGCAGUUUAACAUUUACGAAGAUUUUUUAUCUUAAUCUUUGAUUUUAAUUUUAUUUUAUCAUAAUAUUUAUCAUUUCAUGUAGUAGAAGGACUUGCAUGUGAGGGAAGAAAUUGAAAGGAAUUCAAAUCGGAUUCAAACAAGAUUUGUUCACAUUGAACAGCAGGUGCAAAGUUCAAAUUUUUGGAUAAAGUCUUCUCCUUCACAUUACAAUUUUUUCUUUUCUUUUUUCUUUUGCCUUUU